CGCUCUAUAUAAAAACAACGAGGAAUGAAAAGCUCAUUCAUUACCGCCUUAUUAAUAUUCAAUCCGCGGAUUUAAGUCUCAGCAUGACUUCGAGUACAGAGACUGCUGAAAAGUGCUAGAGACUGAUUUGGAUUUCACUAUCAACGUUUUGUUACUUUUACAGCAAGGUUCAGGUGUGAAGCAGUGAGUCAUUCAUAUCAAACACCUGCAACAGUAUAAAUUCAUACCUACCAUUACCUACCUGACAAGUCCCCAAUUCACCUGCAUACUUUCAACUGGAAUCAUUUGAUGUGGAAAAAACAAUGAUUUCGAUUGCCAAAACCUGCCUCAGAGGGAUCUACAGUUGUCAUUGGAACAGUGAGAAUGAGAGACAAAAUAGGACCUGCUGCUGGUUCUCUUUUCUGUCUUUUGUGUCCAUACUUGCCCUGAGCUGGAUGUACGUUUGCUUUAUUGCCUUCAACGACCGCACCGAAGUAAACGAUGAGGCCUUUAAAAGCUUGAAAACAUGGGUGAACUGCUACAUGAUACUGAUGAUUGUUUCUGCUGUGCUAGCCACUUACUGUCUACUUCUACUGGUAUUUGGAUUGCUACAUUUUGUUAUUGGAGAGCCCUUGAAUUUGCACUGGCUGCAUAAGGUGAUUUUGUUUUUCGGUCUCCUCACUAUUAUUAUUUGCACAGCUGGAGUUUGUAUAAUGUGGGGAAAAGAGUGGAAAACGGUCUAUAUGUCAUUUCAGGCCACAGCUCCUUUCCUGCAUCUGUGUGCUGUAGUGGCUUUGACCUUGAUCAGCUGGCUCGUGUUCAAGAGUUGUCAUGAAGCUCAGACAGCGGCUUGUAAGGUUUUUAUAAUGAUGACCUUCAUUUUCGUGUCCGCUGCUGUGUUCCUGUGUCCUCUUGCAAUCUGCUCUCCGUGCAUUACCAAUAAUCUUCCCCCAAAACCCUCCCUCGUCGGUCAUCGUGGCGCUCCAAUGCUGGCUCCAGAGAAUACCAUGAUGUCAUUCAGGAAGAGUUUGGAGUGUGGCGUUGUGGCUUUUGAAACGGAUGUGCAACUCAGCAAGGACAUGAAGCCUUUUCUUAUGCAUGACCACGAUAAAAACUUUUUGCUACGAACAACUGAUGUGAAGAAGAAAUUUCCAGGUCGAGAUGGCGACAACCAUACUAACUUCACAUUGCAAGAGUUACAGACGUUGAAUGCAGGCGAAUGGUUUUUAAGAACAGAUCCAUUUCAGUCUGUUUCAUCGCUCUCAGAGGAAGAGAAGAGAGAGGCUGACAACCAGACAGUACCAUCUCUUUCUGAGCUCUUGCUAUUGGUCAAAAAGCAUAAUGUCUCCCUGAUAUUUGACCUAAAAAAUGAGAAUAACUCAACAGGAUUCGAGAACAGCGACUCCUACUACAUCACUGACACUAUCAACAAGUCAGGCAUCUCACCAGACAAGAUAUGGUGGCUUCCUCGAGAAUAUAGACACAAUGUGAGAAAUAUCUCACCAGGGUUCAAGCAGGUGUAUGAUGUGGUAGACGAAAUGGUUGCAGAUGGUGGAAGCUUCCUGAAUAUGAAGUAUAGUUCACUGAGCGCUCAUAAAAUAAGUGAGCUGCGGGGGAAAAAUGUGUCCGUGAAUCUGUGGGUCGUGAAUGAGCGCUGGCUCUUCUCAUUACUGUGGUGCUCUGGAGCCAGUUCAGUGACCACCAAUGCCUGCCACAUCUUCAAAAACAUGUCUAAGCCUGACUGGCAUCUGGAGCCUAAUAAGUACAUGGGAAUAUGGAUCUCGGCUGAUGUGAUAUCAUUGCUGUUGAUGUUUGGGCUGUUUCUUUGGCAAAGGAAAAGGAACCGUUUUUCUCAUCAAAAUAAAGAAGAACAGAGAGGAGUCCCCCUGCUUAAACACUGAAAGAUCAUAUCAUCAUAUUAUGAAAGGGCAUUUCCUUUUUUCACUUUUUGAAGGAUUGUAUAUGGUCAUCAAAAAAAAAAAAAUCACGUCAUAUUAAAUGUGUAAUGCAGGAAAUUCACAUAAUAUUUGUACUUUUAUUUAGUUUGUAUAUAUUGAUUAGUUGGAUUGAGAUAUAUUUGAUAUUAUGUACUCAUUAGGGCAGCAAAUUGUGCAAUGCUGCCACCCAUUGAGAAACGUAUGUUAUUUCAGCCUAAUACCAGGGCCAGGGGCCUGUUCCAUGAUGGUAGUGGAACAAACUCAGGGUUGCGGGAUUAGUUUCGACUUGACAAAACCAAACCAAUCCAACCAAGCUUUGUUGGUGCCAUGUUGCUGAUCAUCAACAUUCUCUGUCAACUCAGGCUUUGAUCCUGAGUUUAGGAGUUUAGGUGUGACAUCAGUAGCGAACAGCCAAUCACAUGCUGAGAAAGAGUGAAACUCAUUCAAAACACAUUGAAAUUAAUUUCUCGUGAGAGAAGCAGCACAAUUCACUUAUUAAAUAAAAGUAUUUAAUUAUUACGAAUUUAAACAAAUUUACACAGCAAGAAGAAAAUAGCUGUUUGUGAAAGAGGAAAACUAAAAGAAAGUCUAGCUACUAUAUAUCAGUGCAAGUAAAAGUUGUGAAGUUAGUUUAUAAAAUAGAGAGAAUUGAACAUUUAAGCUCACAUGUAGUCAUUUUAUAGCUUCAUUUAUUGAUUCUAAAGCGUAUUUAUAUUACCUUUAUAUACGUAUUCAUUUAAAAUCUGCGUAAUAAUUAUUGAUAAACUGAAAUUGUACAGAUAAUUACAGAAAUAAUCUCUAAAUCAUACAAAAAUGUUUUAAUAAAAGCCAUGAUUUUGUCUUUUAAAAUCAUUUGCUGUUGAGUUUAUUGCGUCAUAUCAUACAUGUGUCACUUUACUCACAGCUGAUACUAUGGCAAUGAACACUGCUAAAAGCCAACCCACUUUCAUGGUACCUAAAACGCAGGGUUGGCACAAACUAAACUGAAACAUAGCUGGCUAGCCACCUAAACCGGCUUGUAUAGGCUGGUUUCGCAAGGCUUAGUUUAAGCCAGGAUUAUUCCUUAGUUCAAUUUGGACAUUUAAGUAGCUUUUAUAAAUGUGCCUUACAAAAGACCUGAGACAAAAAUGGCACUGACAUAUUUUAAGAAAUUUCAGUGCAUGUUGCUUUCAGUUAAAACAGCUCAAGUAUGCAUUUUAGUCUGGGACUAGACUAGACUUAAACCUUGUUUGUGAAACUGGGGGCAGAACUGUUAUUUUUGAUGUAAAUGACAAUAUUUAGAUGUUAUUAUGGGAUAAAGUGUAAGGCAAUUUUAAAUGCAAUCACAUUUGUAAUUAAUUUCUGUAGUUAUUGUUAUAUCACAAUACCACCAAACAUGUCCCUAUACUUUAACUGUAUCCAACACUAAUUAAAUAAUAUAAAGUGGGACCAAAAUGUUUAUACAUGAAUAUAUUUGUAAAGAUUUUUGCAAUUUUUAUUUUGGGAAAUACAGGCAUUUGAGACAAAUUCAGAAAUAAUUUGUGUAAGUUUAACUGUAUUGGUGUGUGUGUGUAUUUUUCAAAAAGUAUUGGAGAUCAAGGCUGGUUGUCUAGUACAGUUGAUUUAUUUUGAGGUCAUAAAAAUUAAUGUUUGCCCUCCGCAUUCAUUGAUUCUUCCAAGAUCUCUGCAAAAAAAAAAAAAAAAAAAGAUAAAAAUGUUGUAAAAAAAGGGAAGUGAUUUAAAAUAUAUGAAUGUUAUAGGGCGAGGAACCUUAAUUGUUCAAUUUGUUGUACAACAACAGAUGUGAUAAAUUAUGCCACCCUGCUAACAUCUUCACAUCUAAUCAAUCAGGCUAUGGGAAUUUCAAUUGGGCCAUUCCACCGAAUGGGUGACAUUUGCUUGUUGCAAAUCUUCAAAAAUAAACUUUAUUUUUUGAUCUUUUUCAA